UUGGACAGUCCAAACAUCCGAGACUUCCCUCUCCAACAGGAACCAUGAAGGCUCUGGUUUUCCUGGCCGUGCUCGCCGCUGUCCACGCUGCGCCGCUGGACGAUGACGACAAGAUCGUCGGAGGCUACGAGUGUCAGAAGCACAGCCUGCCGUACAUCGUGUCUCUGAACGCCGGCUACCACUUCUGCGGCGGUUCUCUGAUCAACAGCCAGUGGGUCCUGUCGGCCGCUCACUGCUAUAAGCCCCGUAUUCAGGUGCGUCUCGGCGAGCACAACAUCGCCAUCAACGAGGGCACCGAGCAGGUCAUCGACUCGGCCGCGGUCAUCAGUCACCUGCGCUACAACAGCGCCACCCUGGACAACGACAUCAUGCUGAUCAAGCUGAACCGCCCCGUCACCUUCAACAGCUACGUGUCCGCCGUGUCUCUGCCCAGCAGCUGCCCCACUCCCGACACGUCCUGCCUCAUCGCCGGCUGGGGCAACACCAGUCCCUCAGCUAACGUCUACCCCAACAAACUGAUGUGCCUGGACGCCCCGGUGCUGAGCGACACCGCCUGCAGGAAUUCCUACCCAAAUCGCAUCACCGACAACAUGUUCUGCUCCGGCUUCCUGGAGGGAGGUAAAGACUCGUGCCAGGGCGACUCCGGCGGUCCCCUGGUGUGUAACGGUCAGCUGCAGGGGAUCGUGUCCUGGGGCCACGGCUGCGCUCAGGUCAACAAACCCGGCGUCUACACCAAGGUGUGCAGAUACCUCCCCUGGAUCAGCAGCACCAUCAGCAGCAACUGAGAGUCUGACGUGUGUCAAUAAAAUCCAACUAAUUUA